CAUUUAAGUACAUCUACUUGUUUUUAACGUUUAAGAUGUUUGCGUGGAUCUGCGUUGUGUUUUUAUUGCUAAUUUUUCAUGCGUAUAAGAAUAGAAAAUAUUAUCUUUUAUCGUGGAAAUUAAAAGGACCCUUCCCCUUACCGAUUAUUGGAAACGGUUUGAGUUUCCUUUGUGAGAACGACAAUUUGUUAGAUAAAACUAUUGAAAUUUGUAACAAAUACCCCAGCCCAUUGAGAUUAUGGUUCGGUCCGAAAUUUACUUUAGUUAUAACAGAUGUUACUCAAGCUCAGAAAGUAAUGUCUUCUUAUAACUUCAUUACGAAAGAUCCAGAUCUUUACAAGUUCCUGGAACCCUUUGAUGGCAAAGGAUUAAUCACAUCGUCAGGUGUUAAAUGGAGAAAAGACAGGCGACUAAUAUCCCCUAUUUUCGCGAAGAAAAAUAUUUUGCAAUAUUUUCCAACAGUCCUUGAACAAACCAAAAUAUUGAUAAAUGUGAUGGAAUCCUGCGUUGAUAAACCUGCGUUCAAUAUUGAACCGUAUAUUCACAGAUGCGCUGCAGACAUUGUUAAUAGAACAUUUUUGGGCGUUAAAACGGAAGCUCAAUUCGGUAAAAUGGAUCGGUUUCUGUGGCUUCUACACAGGAUGUAUACAAUUAUUUAUGCAAGAAUUGUAAAAGUUUGGUUACAAAAUGACGUUCUGUUUCAAUUCAGCUCCUAUUGGAAGGAGCAUGAAGAGGGAAAAACAGUGAUUUUAGGAUUUAUGGACAAAGUGAUUGAAAUUAGCGAUAAAAAUAAUCAACAGUCAAAAUCAUUUCAACCAGUCAUCGAACAGUUAAAGAGCAUGAGGGACGAAGAUGCAGGUUUCUGCACCCAUCAGGAUCUAAAAGAUCACCUUGUCACCUUAUAUUCAGCUUCUGAAGAUACUGUAACAUCAAUCGUUUCGUUCACUCUUUUGCUUCUUGGCAUGCACCCGAAUAUUCAAGAAAGGGUAAUUGAAGAAAUACACACAACAAUUGGCGAUAAAAAUAGCAAUAUCGACGAAAAUAAUGUUAACAAACUGGAAUACCUAGAGAUGGUAAUUAAAGACGUGCUGCGGUUAUUCCCUAUUGCAAGUUUUAUAGUAAGGAAAGCAGAGAAGGAAAUUUGUUUGUAUGGUGAUUGUUGGAUACCCGCUGGUUGUUCUGUAAUAGUAUCGAUUUACAAUAUCCACAGAGACGCAAAACACUGGGAGAAACCCAAUCAGUUCUACCCGGAGCAUUUCCUGCCGGACACCGUGCGAUCCAGACAUCCCUACGCCUUUAUGCCCUUCAGUGCAGGCCCCAGAGGCUGCAUCGGAAAACCAUUCGCUUACAUGACAAUGAAAAUCAUGCUGGUAACCAUUCUGCAACACUUCCAAAUAGAAACCGACGAAAAAUUCUCCAAUCUCCAGCUGAAAACCGACAUCAGCAUUCGACCCAAAAACGACCGAUUUCCCAUCAGACUGCUACUAAGAAAAUAACGCAUCCG